UAUUUUAUAUGGAAGCAAUAACACAACUCAAAAAUUUAAUGUAUAUGAUUUAGUAAUAUAAUAUAAGCGGUCAUCAUUUUAAUGUGAAGAAUUUUCACAAAUACAUGAUCAAUAAUGAGAUCUCAGACAUUGAAACAUUAAUAAAAUAUUGUAGAUUGGACAAUACUGGGUAGAGAUUUAAUUUAUGGAGAUUGUUUUUUAAGUAUUUUAAAAUUUGGAUUUAGCAUUUAUUCGAUUGAAGACACUAUCUUUGAAAAGAUAGGUAAGUUAACAAAGACAAGAGAAACAUAUAAAUAAUUAGAGUAAAAGUAUUAGAGAUCUUAAGAAGUAUCAUCUAAAACUAAAAUUGAAGAUUAACCAAAAAAAGGUCCUUUAGGUGGUCCAUUAGGAGGACCAUUAGGAGGACCUUUAGGAGGUGCAUCUAAAAUUAAGACAUCAACACAAAACCCUAUGGAAGAUGCUGAAUUAAGAAAUGAAAUAAAAAAAGAUGUCGAAAGAACAUAUUAAGAGAAUUAAUUUUUUACAAAUAAGAAGGUGUUAUAAAUAUUGACAAGCAUAUUAUUUAUAUGGAGCAAAGAAAAUAGUGAAAUUUCAUAUAGAUAAGGAAUGAAUGAAGUUGCAGCAUCCUUGAUUUAUGUGUAUUUUCGAGAAGCUCUAUACAAAGAUGAGAUUGAAAAAAUACUAGGAGUAUAUUAAUUUAUAUAUCAUUAAGGCUUCAGAUGAAGACAAAUAAAUCUUGUUAUAAUUUAAUUCAUGGGAAUAUGCAGAAGCUGACAUCUAUACACUUUUCUAGAAGUUGAUGAAUGAGGCUCAACAUAUGGAAAUGUUUAGACCAAAUUAUACUGAAGCAUAAAAAAUUAAAUUAUAAAGUAAAAAGCCAAGUGCCAUUUUAACAAGAGUUUCUAAAAUUUAAGAUAUUCUCUUGAAAUAAGUAGAGAUGCCCUUAUUUAGGCAUCUCAAAUUAUUACAAGUGGAAUUCCAAAUAUUUUUAUUAAAAUGGAUUAGGUAUUUUUAAUUAUAAUUACUAUAGAUGUAUGUUUACAAGAGAGUUACAUUUAAUAGAAUCAUUUUAUGCAUGGGAUGCAAUUUUCUAUGAUUUUUAUGAGUAAAAAACAGAAACUCUUUUUUUUGUUGAUUGCAUUGCUAUUGCUAUGAUAUUAUAUGUCAAACAGCCAUGUAAAUAAAGUUAUUAAUUUAUAUAGUAAUGGAAAUGGAAGAUUCUAGUUAAUGUUAUUAAAGAUUUCUCAAAUAUCCUCCAGUUUCUAAUUUACCAGCUCUUCUCGAAGCAGCCAUCAAUGUAAGAGCCAUUUUAUUAAAUUAAAAAUCUUCAAAUAAUUUGGAUGACUAAAAUGAAUCAAAUUAACCAUCAAUUUAUUCAGAUAAACAAUUCAAUUCUGUUUUUUUUGCACAACCUACAGACAAAAUUGAAGGAGUAGAUGCUCAAGUUGUUAAGAUUUCUUCUGAAAAACCUUAAUUUAAAAUGAAAGGAGAUGAAGAUCUGAUUUACAAAGAUGAUAACUCUAUUGAAAAAACAAAUUAAAAUUAAUAAAAAUUCUUUAAUCCAUUAUAACCAAACAAAAUACCUCAAUAAUAAAAGUCUCAGUAAUAAUCACUGUCAAUCUAGCCUUAAUAUUAAUAACAAUAAUAAUAAGCAUUGACAAUCUCUUAAACAACUCAAAGUAACAAUUAAUCUUCAAUCACUACAAAUUUCUUUGAUUCUAGUUUAUCUACUACUAAUACUAAAACUAUAAAAACAUAGUUUUAAGUAGAAGAACAGGCAUAAUAAUCCAAAAAGGAUAAAACUUAAGCUACAGUUAAAAAUUCUAUUUCUAUUCCUAUCUAAUAGGCUGAAGAAAUGUUCAAUACUUUAGAAGAGACUUUAAAGUUUAUGAAAUAAUUUAAAGAUAAGUACUAUUAAAUUAUUAUUCUAUAGCUCUAAUUAAUAGGAUUUAUUAAUGAAAUUGACUGAAAUGAAAGACCUUUUUGACACAUCUCUGAAGUAAUGUUAUUUAUUCAUAUUUUAGUGAGAAUUCUUAAACUACAAAACAAUAAUAAAUAAAUCAAUAAGAUGAUAGUGGAAUAUCUAGCAAAGUAGUAGGAUUUCUAAAAAAAAAAUGGUGAAUUAAAUUGUGUUAUGAUUUAAUAUUUUUUAAAUAAAUAUAUUCUGAAUAUUGGCU